AUGGAAGAAAUUUAUCAAAAGGCGUCUAAGGAUAGAUUGCACGUAUUCUGUGGAACGUUUUCUUGUACAAGGAAAGUGAGGGAUUUUAACAAUCAUCAAUUUUCAACGAGUUUUAUGACAUUCAAUGAUUUUGUACAAAAUUCCCCUGUAGAAAAAUGGUUUAAAGCUCAUUCGCUGCACAAACUUCUUUCUGGAAAUAAUUUUGAAGCACAUUUACACGAAGCAACGAAGCUGGCACUUCUAUGGCACAACGGUGGAACGUUUGUGGAUCCUUUUCUACGAAUUCAUGAAGCAUCGUUCCGGGAACUUGCAAGCAAUCGUAACUCCUGGGUUACAAAAAUUGCCAAUGGUAAUUUAUCGGGAAUACUACAUGCAAGUCGGUUUCAAAAACAUCACCCGCUUGUGAAAACACUUGCAAAUCUAUUCGUGAAACUGUACUAUCGAUUGUGCUAUUUAAAAGCAAAUUGCCAUGAACUUGUCUCCAAUUUCAACAAUCAGUCAUGGAAUGCGUACAUGGAUUUUUGUAGCAAAAACAGUCGAAUUUGUCCAGACACCGUUGAGAUAGUGUCACAAAACAUGAAUGGUGAAGUUUACACUAAACACUAUGAUUUAACAAUUGAGAAGUUUAAUACAAAAUCUCUUUCAGUAGGAAUCGAAAACAUGGCGAUUUUCCAAUUCUAUCCUUACGUGCAGAGAUUAUUUAUAAGUAGUAAUGGCAUCCUCACUAGUGCAAGGAACAGCACCCUAUCGCGCGACAUGAAUGCGGAUAUUUUGCCAUACCUUGCAGAAAGCUUUAGCCAAAAGAAAGAUUAUUUAUCAGAAUAUAUCGCGUCUUUGCGCAAAAACGCGCCGAUUGGCUGUCUUGAUAUGAACACAGUGAAAUACCUCAGAUCUCAUAAUAUCGAAGCUUAUUUAUCUGGUGGAAUUAGUCUCUUAAUGAAGUCCCCAUUCACUUUUGGCACUGUAGGAAAAGAUGUCUACAUCGUGAAUUUAAAUUCAAGUAUUGUAAACCAACUUCCAAGCGAGAUUCUAGACCACGCGCUGCGUUUAACUCUUGGCAAGAAGACUGGGUUUAGUCUACGUAGUUUGUUUAAAUCAAUAUAUGUUUUCCUCAAGAAAAUCGCUGGAGCCAAGUUAGUUAUAACUACAGAUUUUCACUGUGCCAGUAUUUCAGCCGCACUUAAUACGCCAGUACUUUUUGUUAAAACUCAAACCACGUCAAAUUUUACACAAGAUUUAUCACAAAUGUUUCACACAUGGGACCCAAAGAAUCAUACUUUGAAUUCAACUUUAAUCUCGAAGUUACUAUCUCGUGAAAUACAUGCAGGAGUUGCCGACCUUAGUCUUUUUAUGCGAGUACGUGCAACUACAUGGAAUGCAAUGCGAAGACAUGAAAGUGUGCUGGAAUCAGCUUUGAGAUUUGGUGUGGUUCCAUUUACUCGACCGCGUUCUGAUAAAGUAGAAAGCGUUGUCUUUCAUUUGAUAUUUACAACGUCAGAGAAGAGUUUGAUUUCCUUGGAGGACAAGAAGAAAGGCGGUAAUGUGAAAGGGAGCUACGCUCUUCCGAUCUGGCGAUGUCUGGAAUCUAUAUUUUAUCACCAUCCCCUGGCUACGGUUAUUCUACACAGUAAUACUCUAGAAUCGAGGAUGUUUGAUGUACUGAGGGAAGCGGGUUAUGAAAUUCAAGUGAAGCCAUACAACAUGGCUGACUUAGCUAAAGGUGAUUGUCUCGAAAUUAUUGUCUCAUGUUAAUGGCAAUGGGUACACACGUAAUGAUCCACAAGUUGUAACGAACCUGCAUGAGCAGACUUGUAGCAAUGCUGUUCCAACAACUUUGUCAACAGGAUGUGUUCGCACUGCUUGUUCCCAGCUUGUUGACAAGUUGUCAACGGCUUGUUGAGAACUUGCUACAAGGUUGCUGAGCUCAACAAGGUUAAGGGGGUACAGGUUGUUCUUGUGCAAGUUUGCAAUCCUUAAAUAAUUGCUUUAUUAUAAUUACUAGGUACACCAGCCGAAAUGUUCGUACGAGAUGAAUUGUCUUAUGCUCAAGAAGGAGAACACUGGUAUAGCCAUGAAACAGACCUACUUCGCUUGUUAAUUCUUUAUAAAUUCGGCGGAAUAUAUUUGGACAUUGAUAUGAUUAUUGUGCGUGAGUUACACGAGCUACCACCAAAUAUAAUAGGUUGGGAAAGCGCAAUGAACUUGAACGGUGCGUUUUUAAAAUUUCAAAAACACCACCCAUAUUUGCACGAGUGUAUCAAACGAUUCUCAAAUCGCUAUUCUCAAGCAUGGUCGGAUAACGGUCCUCUGUUAUUGAGCCGAGUUUUGCGCAAAUGGUCAGCGGAGAAUCCAAGUAAUGACGUCACGACGGUAGCGCGUGCGGCUUUCUAUAUGUUUUUCUAUCGCGGUAUCCAGGAACAGUGUUUUGAGGAGACGUCAGGGCCGGUAUUUAAUAUGAAUUGGAGAACUUUGCGAAGGCAUGCAUACGCGGUUCAUCUGUAUUCCAAAGUGACUGCGCGUUAUGGCGAUAAUGGUGCAAAGAUUAAAGACGGAACUUUGUGUAAAUAUAUUCUCAAUGCGUUUUGCGUGCUGUGUAUUAAAGUUUACUGAACAGAAUGUUUGUGAAUUGGAUUUGAAUGAUUCAAAGUCAUGACUGCCUUUGAAAGGACAUGGCUAGGAAACAAUGUUUCCUGGUUUGUCCACCUUCAAGAGACAUGGCUAGGAAACAAUGUCUCCUGGUUUGUCCACCUUCAGGAAACAUGGCUAGGAAACAAUGUUUCCUGGUUUGUCCACCUUCAGGAAACAUGGCUAGGAAACAAUGUUUCCUGGUUUAUCCACCUUCAGAAAACAUGGCUAGGAAACAAUGUUUCCUGGUUUGUCCACCUUCAGGAAACAUGGCUAGGAAACAAUGUUUCCUGGUUUGUCCACCUUCAGGAAACAUGGCUAGGAAACAAUGUUUCCUGGUUUGUUCACCUUCAGAAAACAUGGCUAGGAAACAAUGUUUCCUGGUUUGUCCACCUUCAGGAAACAUGGCUAGGAAACAAUGUUUCCUGGUUUCUCCACCUUCAGAAAACAUGGCUAAGAAACAAUGUUUCCUGGUUUGUCCACCUUCAGGAAACAUGGCUAGGAAACAAUGUUUCCUGGUUUGUCCACCUUUGGGAAACAUGGCUAGGAAACAAUGUUUCCUGAUUUGUCCACCUUCGGGAAACAUGGCUAGGAAACAAUGUUUCCUGGUUUGUCCACCUUCGGGAAACAUGGCUAGGAAACAAUGUUUCCUGGUUUGUCCACCUUCAGGAAACAUGGCUAGGAAACAAUGUUUCCUGGUUUGUCCACCUUCAGGAAACAUGGCUAGGAAACAAUGUUUCCUGGUUUGUCCACCUUUGGGAAACAUGGCUAGGAAACAAUGUUUCCUGAUUUGUCCACCUUCGGGAAACAUGGCUAGGAAACAAUGUUUCCUGGUUUGUCCACCUUCGGGAAACAUGGCUAGGAAACAAUGUUUCCUGGUUUGUCCACCUUCAGGAAACAUGGCUAGGAAACAAUGUUUCCUGAUUUGUCCAUCCUUGAUGAAAUAUGGCUAGGGGAAACAAUGUUUCCUGGUUUGUCCACCUUCAGGAAACAUGGCUAGGAAACAAUGUUUCCUGAUUUGUCCAUCCUUGAUGAAAUAUGGCUAGGAAACAAUGUUUCCUGGUUUGUCCACCUUCAAGAAACAUGGCUAGGAAACAAUGUUUCCUGAUUUGUCCAUCCUUGAUGAAACAUGGCUAGGAAACAAUAUUGUUACAACAAUGUUACACCUUAGUGCAUUAGUCUAUGAGAAUGAGAGGCUGAACAGAAUGACCACCCGUUACGGGUGCAACUAAAAAUGUAUGUAAAUAGAAAUCUGUCUAUUUAUAGCUAGCUACACUGUGUGAUACAAUAGAAACUUAAAUACCGCGUUUGGUUGCAGUUUAGAAGGUGAAAUACUUGAAAAGCUGGCAAAAAUUAAUAUUCCCAUCAAACGUUUGUCUUCAAAAUACGUCGAGGCAAUCAAUAAAAUUUAUGUUUAUUGUGUGACUUGAAUAUUAAUCGGCUUGGUAAACAACUAUCAAGUCAUUUGAAUUUACAACUCGGCAGUACCCGCAGGAAACACAGAACGGCAUUUUGUUGUGUACAGUGAAUUUGAUACUGUUAGAAUUUGUAAAAUGUUUAGUCAAUUUUCUUUGAGAAAUUGUUUCAUUCUACUGGUAUGUGUCGUUUUGUUAAGAUUCAUUCUUUAUAAUUCCCUUUUUCUCAACACGAAUUCUGAAUGGUGGAAGGUAUGAAUUGAAAUAGUUUAUUUCCUAUCAAUAUCAGUUGUUUAUGUUAAGUAUGAGUAGAGGCUACUUGGGUACUUUUUUAAUGCCAAGAUUUCCGUCUCUGUGUUGCUAGAAAGAUCUACACGCGUAAAAACGCACAAGUUGUAAAAACAAACCUGCAGCAGACUUGUAGCAAUGCUGUUCCAACAACUUGUCAACAGGAUGUGUUCGCACUGCUUGUUGACAAACUGUCGACGGCUUGUUGACAACUUGCUACAAGGUAAGGUUGUCGAGUUCAACAGACUUGUUACAAGUUGUUCCAACAACAUGUUGUCGUCCUGAAAUUCAGCAAUUUGUCGACAAGUUGUGAGUGACAACCUUGUAGCAAUUUGAUAAAAUAACAGCAUUGUUACAACUCGUUGACAAGCCUGCUACAAGCCUGUUGCGAACACAUCUUGUUGACAAGUUGUGAGAUUUUUACGUGUGUAGUCCAAGGGCAAGGUUUUCGAAGAAUGGAAAGGGUCCAAUAUGUCACAUUUUCUCUUUUGCAGAUGUCCAUUUCAGUGAGGCCCCCAAGCGUUAAAGGACGAAAUAAAGAAAUUGUAGUUACAUCUACUAAAACCACACAACCAGUAAGAAACCGAUAAUUGAUAGAGCCUGCAACUAUACACAUUGUGUACUCUUCAUUUUCCCUUGUAAUAUCGUUUUAUAUUUAGCCUGCAGUUGCUGUAUCACCCUCCCAAAUCAGGCAUAUAGUACGUGGAAAUUCUCCUGCGAGAAACAACAGUAGAGUAAGUCCUCGAACAUAGUGUCUCAAGUAGCUCUUCCGUAAGUCAAGCUUGUUUGAAAUGAAAGCUAACAGUCUAUUUUUGCAGAACACAACAAAUGUCAAUGUUACCGGAAUUGAACUGGAAAUACCAGACGAAUGGAUCAGUCCAACAAUAAAGGAAUCGCAGGUGGGCAAAAAUCAAAGUCAAAUUUUAAUGGAUGAUUCCAGGCUUUUCUAGCCAUACACUAAAUUUUGAUCUAGGGAAGAAGAACAAAAUCCAUCACCACAGCUAGAAAGAGCAUGUUAAAAUUAGUAAAAUUGCAAAGUUUGGCCGCGAAUUGUUGUAAAAUGAGAAAAUGCACCACAAUUGGGCCGAAAGUUUUGCGUAAUACAACAUUUGAAAAUUUAGUAGGGCUAUAGUUUCCUCAUGAUCAUUUUACAACAUUUCGCGGCCAAACUUUGCAAUUUUACUAAUUUUAACAUGCUACAAUGAAUCCUCUAUUGCUAAACCAAAUCUGAACCUCUCUAAUGAGUAGAAUCGAUCCUCUCUUGAACACAAAUUAUUGCUUUAAUGGCUACCAGGCUAACAUUAAUUUUUCUGGUUUGCAGGAGCAAUGCGCUUCGAUCAUCCGAGGCAAGGCACGUCCACUGCCUUCAAACGUGGGUUGUCGGAUUCCUUUUAUGGAUCCAUUUCACCCACAGAUCAUGAAGUUUAUAUCUCCUGCCGCUGAUCCCGUGUGUUCUGGAGAACGGUAUGGUGAGUUAGUGGAUGGUGCUUUAAAAUUUACAGGUAAGAUCACAACUGGUUAUUGACUUAUCUAUACUGGAUACCUCUAUCAGUUCUAAACUGUUCUCCAUAAAGGAUCAUCUCUUAUUGAUCCAGUGUUUCUACAGAAGGAAACCAAACAAAGGCAAAUACCAGCUCUCAUUGUACGCCUUCAUGACCGUUAUUAUAUUUCUCCAGAUCCGAAAGUGAAAUCAGCGACGUACCAAGCGAUAUUACGUCAAGAAGAUACCGGUUACUACAGGAGUAGGAGCAAGCCUGUCAUACCUGGUGAAAAGAUCUCGGAAGGUCUUAUCGAAGUUGACUUCGUGUUAGACAACAACAAACACGCAAGAGAAUUAUUCCUGCACGCAGUUCCGCACGAAAACUUACUAAAACGCGAAGCGAAAAGGAAACCUGGAAUACCUCUUAAUGUUUUGGUAAUUGGACUAGACUCAGUCUCUCACGGCUCGGCGCAACGCAAGCUUCCACUUGUUUAUAAAUAUCUCCGUGAUGAUCUUGGAGCGUAUUUCUUUCAUGGACAUUCCGUGACAGGAGAUGGGACAUUGGAACAAAUGGCUCCUAUGUUAACGGGAAGGAAAUUUAUGGAGGAGCUCUACGAAGCAAGACCUGAUAGGCCUAGACCUCGUAAAGUCGAUGACUGGCCUUGGAUAUAUAAACAACUUAAAGGUAGGAAAAUUGUGGCAAAAUAUCUCAAAUGUAGGGAUUCAGUCAUUCCAACGCAAUGUUCCAACCACUUCAGGAACGAUCAUUAUUUAUGGGCGGGGCACCGAAGAGAAAUGUUUUUCUUGGUAAAAAUUUUGCUGAAACGUCAUUAAAAAUAAAUACCCACUCCUGGCCAAAAACUUUACAAAAGGAUACUAUUCAGUUGUCACACAUGUCCUUUACCACUUGUGUGAGAUGAGUUUGAAGACUGCUUGUGCAAUUUUCUGCAGUCUAAAGUUCAUGUUGUCUGCACAUAUACUUUCUUGGAGACGCCAUUUGCCUCAUGACAAAUCGGAAAAUGAUCAAGAUAGUGACUCCGAUUGAUUUACAGAUUGUAUUGACAUACAACUGUUGACAUUGCUUUUCAGUCUACAAAAGUAGAGUGAGUCAUGCUUUAGAAAUGACGAUAGAUUUUUAUUACCCAACCCUUGAGUUGUUUUAUUUUUCAUUUCCAAACCUUUUAUUCACUCAAAAUUUUGUUUAACCAACCCUCUUCUCUUCGGUGCCACCUCCUCCAUAAAUAAUGACCGUUCCCUAAUAUUUCUGUCUCUCUCUGUGUAGAACACGGCUACAUUACUGGCUAUAACGAAGAUGGUACACAUCUUGGACCAUUCAACUGGCGAUUGGUAGGUUUCACCUCACCACCCACCGAUUACUACCCCAUACCUUUCUUCAGAAGAACCAAGGCAUUAAUGAAAGGCGUGGAUCAAUGCGUUGGCGCAAGGAAUGUUAACCAAUAUCAAUAUGAUUUCAUCAGGAGCUUUUUUAAAGUAUUUUCCAAUAAAUUGAAGUUCUUCGUUUCUUUUGCUAGUGAGUGCAAUGUUAAACUUCACUUUUUGAGCUUUAUUGUCCCCAGGAUUUUUUGAACUUUUUUAUCGAGCGUUAGGAAGACUGCAUUUGGAAAACCAGGAAUGUCAAUAAAAAAGAGUAUUACCAGAAAUGAUGGAUGAUUACAGCUGUAGACGAAAUUUUGAUCUAGACAAGAAGAACGGAACCCAUUACCAUAGCUGGAAAGAGCAUCUUAAAAUGAGUAAAAUUGCAAAGUUUGGUUGCGAAUGGUUGGAAAAUGAGGAAAAUAUAGCCCUGCGAAGUUCGCAACUUUUGUAUAUAUUUGUAUUACGCGCGGGAAAAAUAACCAUUUUUGAGCCGAAAGAGGUUAUUUUUACCGCGCGUAAUACAAAUAUAUACAAAAUUUGCGAACUUCACGGGGCUAUAUUUUCUUCAUUUUACAACAUUUAGCAACCAAUCUUUGCAGUUUUACUCAUUCUAAGACGUUCUUUCUAGCUGUGUUGGAUUUCAUUCUUCUUGCCUUGAUCAAAAUUUCUCUCCCCGGCCACGGAAAGUAAUUUAGUCGGGGAUUGCAUUAUUUACUUGCACCAGAAUAGCUUAGAGUAGCGAAACAUUUCUUCAUUAAAAUAUGUUUUCUAUUUUCAGUUGGUUACUCUCAUCAUGAAUUAAGUCGAGUACAAAAACUACAACGGGAUCUGCUUAUCUUACUAAAAGAUCUAAACUCUACAAACGUGUUAAACAACACCAUACUCAUUUUGAUGGGCGACCACGGCGUACGCUGGGGCAAGGUACGAGAAACUAUACAAGGAAAACUAGAAGAACGCAUGCCAUUUUUUUCAAUGGCUUUUCCAAAAUGGUUCAAGGCCAAAUUCCCGAGCAUUGACGAGAACUUACGAAAGAAUGGGAAUCGGCUUACGACGUGGUACGAUGUCUACGCGACAUUACGUCACAUGCUCUCGUACCCAGUCCUCCCAAAGGGUAUAAAACACGGCCAGAGUCUGUUCACAGAAAUCCCAAAAUCUCGUACAUGUGACGAUGCUUUUGUGCCUGGGUUUUGGUGCCCGUGUUUGCGUUGGUCAGCGGUUGACACCAAUCACAGACAUGUGCAAAAGGUUGCACUCGCUGCCAUCGAAUGGAUGAAUUUAUUGAUUUCAAACAAAAGUGGUAAUGCUUCGCAAUGCAAGACACUUUCUUUACAAAGAGUAACUCAUGCACUAUUAGAACGGCCGAAUGAACUUGUAUUACGCUUUAAACAUGUCGACCGUAGCUACACACCACGGUUUGGCCCGCAAAACAAUCCACCACAGAUGUACUUCUGUCGCUAUCAAGUGCAAUUCAUUACUGCGCCUAACAACGCGACGUAUACAGUCGAAGCUAAAUUCUAUAAACAGCAGUUUCUUAUCAAGACUGAUAUCACUAGGAUUGACUCAGGUAGUCAGGACCAAAUAUGUACUGAGGUGGCUCAGCUUAGGAAAUAUUGUGCGUGUAAAACAAUAUCAUAG